GGUGCUAGGUGGAGGGAAGGAGGGCGGGAGUCGGGGAGCGGGGCCCGGGGAACAGCCGUGCCCAAGUCGGCCGGGGGAGCUGGAGGGAGCGGACUGAGAUCCGAGCCGAGCCUGCGGGGGCGGAGGCGGCAGCAGAGCCGAGAGCUGGAACAGGGGCCAGCCCUCCAUAACAGGGACCGGGCCAGGAGCAGGUGGCCACUCCCCCACUUGGGCCCCACUGUCCUCAGAAAGCAGCAGCUGCCAUCAUGGGGAAUAUCUUUGGGAACCUCCUCAAGAGCCUGAUUGGGAAGAAGGAGAUGCGCAUCCUGAUGGUGGGCCUGGAUGCCGCCGGGAAGACCACCAUCCUGUACAAGCUGAAAUUGGGGGAGAUCGUCACCACCAUCCCCACCAUUGGGUUCAAUGUGGAAACAGUGGAAUACAAGAACAUCAGCUUCACGGUUUGGGAUGUGGGUGGCCAGGACAAGAUUCGGCCCCUCUGGAGACACUACUUCCAGAACACCCAAGGGUUGAUAUUUGUAGUGGACAGCAAUGACCGGGAGCGUGUCAACGAGGCUCGGGAGGAGCUGAUGAGGAUGCUGGCGGAGGACGAGCUGCGGGAUGCGGUGCUGCUCGUCUUUGCAAACAAACAGGAUCUGCCUAAUGCUAUGAAUGCCGCGGAGAUCACAGACAAGCUGGGCCUGCAUUCCCUGCGUCACCGCAACUGGUACAUUCAAGCCACCUGCGCCACCAGUGGGGACGGGCUGUACGAAGGCCUGGACUGGCUGGCCAAUCAGCUCAAAAACAAGAAGUGAGAGCCAGGCAGCCUUGUUGGCCGCACCCCACCCAGCCCACACACCUGUCUCCUGUCCCCUCCUUCCCGUUGCAAGUGUGGCCAGGACCCCUGGGUAUCACAUCCGCAUGCCCAGCAAGAGCCUUGCCUCUCACCCCUCCCCGGUCCGGCAACACGGUCAGUCCAGUUCCUCCGUUGCUGUCCUGAUGAUGAAUCAUUCCAAUUUACUGGAUUUAAAACAAAAGCAAGAUUGUUAUGAUUUCAUGGGUUGCCCCUCCCCCCCUUUCUCGCCUUCUAAGAUUGGGGGGAAUGGGCUGGAGUGGGGUGUUCUCUCUGUUUGCUUCGUUCGGCUCUGGCUGCUGUGUUCUUGGCAUCUCAGUCCCUGCCUUGGCCCCCUAAGUCCCUGCCUUCCUCCUGCCUUUGCCCCCUCUCCCCGUCCUCCAUGAAAUUGCACGGGCCUCUGUGUGUGUGCGUGCAUGUGUACGCGUGUGUGUACACAUAUAGAGAUGUAUAUAUAGGGGCCGAGCAGGAGGGUGGAGGGGCUGGAGUGCAGCUUAGGGUUUAGAGCCGGGACACUGCUCCUUCUUCUGCUCUCUCUGGUGUGAGAAAGGGAGGGUGCAGUCAGGCUGGGCUCCCCCAUGGGAGACUUUCCUGGGCGAUGGGCCUGACGAUGAGGGAUUCUCCAUCACCCGCCUGUACCCCUUUUCCUACCCCACUCAGGCAGGGAGGUGGCAUUUGUCUCUAUUAGAUACUGCCCCUACAGGAGAUGCCAUUCUGCUCUGCCUUGUGAGUGGUAGGGGAGAGGAGCCCCCCAGGGCGUCCCAGUGCCCCUCCCCGCCCCCCUGAUCUGAGUACUGGGGGAGGACCUCAGGUUUUCCAUCUCCAUUCUGUUUUCCUGUCUCCCUGCCCUCACCCCCACCAACCCCUUCCCUCUGGGCUUGGGAGGCUGGUUCAUGUAGUUCUAUCACCCCACCAAUCCUGCUGCCCUGGCUGCGAUGCCAGGUGGGGGUGGCUGAGCAGACCUGACUAUCAACCUCCCCACCCCAAAGCUCUUCUUUUAGUCUAGUAUGUGCCCUCAGACCACCCUGUGCCCCCCUCUGCCCCUUCCUAUUCCCCUGCCCUUGUGCCAGUUUCCGUCAGUGGCUCUGGGCGUCGGAGUGGAGGAGAUAGAACUCAGAAGGGGUUGUUGGUGCUUGUGGGAUGCAGUGGUCUAUUGUGUGGACGCUACUGCGUCUCUGCACUCGUGCCCGUGGACCUGGCCCCUGACCUCUGGCCCCUGCGGUUUCUGUGAAGCUGCCUCCGCUGCUCUGGGGGCUCGUGUGUGUGCUGGCUGCACCCUGAGCUCCGAAGGUCAGGGCUCAGGCUCUCCCCACAGCCCAGCCAAGGGACUCCUUUCCAAAAGGCUUGCCCCAAGCUCUACUUCCCUGGCCAGGCUCCUGCCCCUGAGCCUAAAGCAGGCAGUUCAAUAACCCCUCCCCCAACUGCAAAGCGAACUGUGACAGAGGGUCCCCGGGCCGCUCCUCAGUGCCAGUUACUUAAGUGUUGUGUUGCUUACCCAGGAGGCAGUGGGUGUGUACAGGUAUCUUGUACCCCAUGUGGCAGGGGUGUGGUGGGGGGCAGGCUAGAGGGUCUCUCGUUUUAAAACGUAAUUGUUCUCAUGACCCCACAGCUGUUCCCCUUCUUUGCCCCCGUCCCUCAGUUCCUGAUUUUCCCCCUUGCCCAUCCCUGCUGUUCCCUCUCUCUGAACUCUGCCUUCUCAAUUCACUGCCUCCUGCUUUCUCUCCCUCCCCCCCCUCCCCUGGCUCUGUAGCUCUGUGGUGGGAGGGAGGCCUGCCUGCUCUCCUGUCUCACGCCCUCCCUUCCCCUCCCCUGUUAGAUGCCACUCUGAAACAGGUUCUCCUCAUUUGGGCCCUUUCCACUGUUGCGUUGUGGCGGGGCCUCUGGGUGUUGGGAGCAGCCUGAGGUUGGCCUUGGUACUGGCCUAUCUGUCCAGCAGGGGGCGUACGGGACUUCUUUCCUAGGGUAGAGGGUGGCCCAGCCACAUCCCCAUUCACCUCGCAGCCCUUGGGGAUUGGUGUUUUAUUCCAUUCCUACCUACUAACUCCUCCACCUCCUCCUCCCCUUCUGGUGGGUUUACUUUUAUGCUUUUCCUUGUUCCGGCCUUUCUUCUCCUGGGGGUUCCACACCACCACCACCACUACCACCCCCUCCCGCCCUCACAAAAAAGUUUGUUUGUGGUGUUAUAGUGGUAACUGCAGUUCUGAGCUGGUUUUUCUCUUCUUUUUUCCUCCUCUGGAAUGUAGACUGUAUAUGUUUAAUAUCUCACCUUCUCUAUCCUUGCUCAAAACGUGGGAUUCGCAGUGACUGUGACCCUGGUUGGAAAUUAAACUGUUUUAUGCAGCUUU